AACCUACAGAUAAGUAGUAAGUUAAUGUCACUUACAUUCUAGCCAAUAGACUAGCGUUUCUCAGGCCUCUGACGGGAACCAUCAAUAUAAAUGUUAUACGACAAUUCCAGGCCCUUGAUCACCCAUCCCAUCAGGCCUGUUACUACUAAGCACAAUGGCAGUGAUACCAGUACUAAAUUAAAGGAGCAAAGCUUCUUAUAAGGCUACUAAUAAGUUGGAUCAAGCCUUAGAUCGAUACGGACGAAUACUAAGUGAAAGACUACCUAUAAUAGAUCACUUAGGCUUCCUUUAAGCUGUAUGAAGGACAGAGACACUUUCUGUAGGCUCCAUACUCUUUACACAGAUAAUAACUUAUAACAAGACAUGAGAGCUUACCAUUCGAGCGAUGGGUCUCUUUAUUUCUUCGAAGAUCCUGCCAAGCAAUCCAGCUCUACAUAGCUAUACUAGCUAGCUAGAGAGUCCUAGAACGCCUAGCCUUCAUCUAACUCACUUGUCUUCUCCAGAACAUCUUUACGAAGCUUUACGAAGCUUUAUGAGUAUACGGAAGUGCAAUAAUUGAACUUCAAUUAUUCAUGACGUUUGAGCGUCAUUUACUCAAGAGGGCGUUGCAAUACCUUCGUAGUGUUCCCUCGAACAUAUCUCCGGAUAGAAAAUAGCUAGGAGGUCGAUCAUUUUGAAGCUUAGAGAACGCUUUAUCCGAUUCAACAAUAAAAAUAAACUUGGGUAUACCCGUGUUAAGGGGUGUUUUCCUAGGCCCUGUCACAUUUAUUGUAGUUUUUCCAUGAACAAACUGAUACACUUUUUUCGUAAAUAUGGAGCUGCUGCCUUCGUAUCUAAUAAAUUGCACUGGAUCGUCCUCCUUGCUCACCCAUCUCACCCAUCUUUGCCAUUCCGAGUCGGGGUUUCUUGCCUUUCAUAGUUGUGAUGAAAUCGAUGGUGUCACUGUCUUCACAUUUGCUUGUCGUCAUGGCAGCGUUAACAGCAAAUACCAGCUGGUCGAGAGAAUGGCACUUUCCAUGAAUGAUGGCCAUUUAUGCAGGCCCCCAGUGGACCAGGAGAGGGCUCACUGUGUGACUCUGGCAAGUAGUAUAGUAUAGCUAGAAUAUCAGUAGUGAGUAUAGUAUAGCUAAAAUAGAAUUAGCAGUAAUGAACAGUCUUUAUGUGAGCUUGUAAAUUUCAUAGAUCGUUCACCGAUAUAGUACUUCAAAUUGAUAUAUCUUAGCACUGUUACAUUCAUAUGAUGAGCUUAGUCAAGCCUUUAUACUAUAUGAUAGGCUGAUCCAUAAAAAAAAAUUUUGGGAUUUUAUCUCACCGCUGGCCGAGCAUUUAAAAUGAUAAAAACGGGUGAGCGUAAUAACCGUGGCAUUCCUUGUUGUAUGGGCAUUCUAUGGUUGCUAGGCAUUUUAUUGCCCGAUAGACAGAUAUUUCACUUCACUGUUAUUAAGAAUCCGACGGUUAAAGGGUUAAUUAGUUGCGGUUAAAUUUCACUUCCUGUCAGCAUCGGAGGCUAUAAGAAAGUUGAAGACGCCGUCUUGAGAAUUCAUCAAUGACGCAGAUCUUAGUGUAGUUUUAACUCUCUUGAGCCCACUAAAAGACCUCUCAGUAACUGUGACUAGAGCUUUGAUGUUGGGGUAGCAUUGGAGUAGAGGGUAGUGCAUGUUUUUAUUUCCAUUUAUAAUGUACCAAGUGUGGAUCUCAGCACUGAGGGAUGACACGUCAGGUCUCCCACUUUUAUCGAUGCCCUCUCCACAGUUGAAAGGUCCUCUGUUACCAACACUGAUGGCACUAAGUAUUGAUUGACCUUGUAAAGCUGUUUUUUGGUGUGAUGUAAAGCGCCUGUCGAGCUCAGCAAGAAGAUGGUCCACAAUAGGAAUUGUGAUUGUUCUUUUGUAGUACUCAUACUCAGAAGGACUUUGACGACUACAAAUCCUCGGCCGCUACACAUAGCUGAAAUUGUUUCAAACCACUUACUAUGGUAGGAGUCAACGUUCUCCUUGAGCGAUGAUGUCAAGGUCUUGAUCUCAGACACAGCCUGAACAAUGUCCUCCUGAAGGCUAACAGUGAGGCCCCUGAGGUACUUGUGGGUGAACUCUGUAUUGGUGAUAGAGAGUAGUUGCAUCUGUGAUUGAGUCUGGAGAGUCUGGAGACCACAUGCGAGAACCCUCGGCUGGAAUGCUCUCAAAGCAAGCGACAAUCAAGCGACAAUGGAGGAGUACAGUUUAUUGAUCCUGUCAAGAGUCUCUCAAUCCAUCUAGUCCUACAGAGAUUAGGCGCCUUAUUAAAAUGAUCUCCUACAAGACUCGACCACGCACGCACACACAUGCAAGUUGCCAGAAAGGAUCACACACACAGAUCCCUCCUACAAGACUCGACAAGCAAAUCGCCAGAAAGGAUCACACACACACACACACAGAUUCCUCUUACAAGACUCGACAAGCAAAUCGCCAGAAAGAAUCACACAUGUACACACACACAGAUCCCUCUUACAAGAGAAAAGAUCACACACACACACACAGAUCCCUCUUACAAGACUCGACAAGCAAAUCGCCAGAAAGGAUCACACACACACACACACAGAUCCCUCUUACAAGACUCGACAAGCAAAUCGCCAGAAUGGAUCACACACACACACACAGAUCCCUCUUACAAGGCAAAUCGCCAGAAAGAAUCACACACACACACACACACACACACACACACAGAUCCCUCUUACAAGACUCGCCAAGCAAAUCGCCAGAAAGGAUCACACACACAGAUCCCUCUUAAAGACUUGACAAGCAAAUCGCCAGAAAGAAUCACACACACACACACAGAUCCCAGACUCGACAAGCAAAUUGCCAGAAAGGAUCACACACACACGCAAAUCGCCAGAAAGGAUCACACACUACACACACAGAUCCCUCUUACAAGACUCGACAAGCAAAUCGCCAGAAAGAAUCACACACACACACACACACAGAUCCCUCUUACACACAGAUCCCUCUUACAAGACUCACCAAGCAAAUUGCCAGAAAGGAUCACACACACACACAGAUCCCUCUUACAAGACUCGACUCGACAAGCAAAUCGCCAGAAAGAAUCACACACACACACACAGAUCCCAGACUCGACAAGCAAAUCGCCAGAAAGGAUCACACACACACACGCACGCACGCACGCACAUACGCACAUACACACAACACACACACACACAGUUACAAGACUCGACAAGCAAAUCGCCGGAAAGAAUCCUGGCAUUAUACACGCUAAAUAAGCUUAUAGCUAGAGAUAAACUAGCUAAACAAUCAAAUUACCCUUGCAGAGAAGUUUUCAGGAACAUGUUUAAUAGCAGCAACUGUCACGACGUACACGGAGUAGGAGUCUUAGGUGGUGUUACUGGCCAUGAACAGGUGUAAGAUGACUAAAUAUAUUAUCCAUGAUCAUACAUAACAAUCAGGCGUAUUAAGAGUGCAUGACAACAUAAUUUUAUAACAUAAAAUAAUAGCUAUUUUGUAAACUGCACUAGGGGUAGAUAUCUAUAUCUAGCAAUGCAAUACUCCAGAUCUUGGAUAAACAUGUCAGCAAAGAAUGCUAGCUUACCAGAAGUAGGGCUUCUUCUUUUGAGUAGCCCAUACUUGCAUAGCAGUCGACUGGUUCCAUUCUCUAGCUCUAGCUUAGUAAAUAAUCAUGGCGCGCGUGUCACCACAUGGCCUUUGAUAAACCACACCUAAAGUUUAUUUGAAAGUCUCAGUAAUUGGCUUGACCUGGACCACACCUAUCGGGAGGAAGUGUCCUGGAAACUUACGUAAAUGACGUGAGGCUGGGUACAACUUACGUGCACUUCAAGUGGCUGCGUUUACUGGUGGUACACGCACUGUGUAAAUUCGCACUUGUAGACUAUUGUAAACUGAUCUGUAAAUGAUUAGUUUACAGAAUUGUACCUAGGAAAUAAAGUCCGGCCAGAAUUCGGUCCGGGGGACUAAUUACGCGCGCAGAAACGGUCCGUGCCGGACAUCGCAUUUCCUCCGCGUAUAUUGUCGUAUAUUGUCUGGGGGGAUACUCCGUAGUAGCAUAAUGCAAGUGAAGGGGCCAGAGGAGAAUUCAUGAUGUACUCAUGGUGGCAGAGAGAGGUAGUGGAUCAGAGAUGAGGGUACAAAGAAGAGGAUCAUAACUGCUUGUCAUUCAGACAAGCCUAGCUGGGCAUUUAAAACCAGGGAGAAGAUAAGCUCAUUAAUUAACACUCAGUUGUAUGAAAAAGGUCAUAAUGAAAUGCAUGCAUGUUAUACAGGUAUACUGGAAUGAAAUGAUCAAUGAUGUCAAGACAACUAUGUCAAGACUUGUGAUAGCUGCCAACGAGCCAAUCUCACUCUUUGCCUGUCAGCAGUGUCUGGCACAGGAUUGUUAAUGAUUUGAUUUAGCCCACUAGAUCUAAAAGAGACACCCCGUGGGAAUAAGUACAUAAGUACAUCAUUACAUUACCAAUGGGCAGAAACUCUUCCACUCAAGACCAAAGAAGCAGGGAGUGUAGAUGAUAGAAUGUGCAAAAUGCGAAGAGUGGUACCACAAGACCUGUAUCACAGUUUCUAGAGUGAUGUGUUGUGUUGUCUUCCCCCUGACUAGACUGAUGAUAACAAGAUUCAUGUAUUCAUGAUUAAUUUUGUAGCUAGAUUUUAUUUUGAAUAUUCAGACUGAGAACUUCUAUUGCUGUUUUAAUAUCUUACUGUGACUCUGUCUUUUCACUUCCUUGCUGUAAAAUGAAGUUAGCCAAUGGGUGGUUUGUACUUCCUAUUGAUAGACGGACAGUUUCUGCUAAAAAGUAAUCAGUUCAGACCGUUUAGUGUCCGGCCGGACACAUUUUUGGCCCAGACUGUAUCUGCUGUGA